UCUUGAUCUCUCCCUCCAAAAAAGGACAACAAAAAUUCAGCCGAACGACAGGUAGGAUGCAUUUGGUGGACUGUUAUUAUUAGUACUACACGUGGUUGAGAGAACGUACAGUCCCAGUCCAUUAGACAUUGCUCCUUCCAUUGUGAAAUUCAAAGGACUAAUCAAAGAAUCAUGGGCGGGAUUCGUCGAAACAAGCGCCGCCAAAAUCACGACAAGAAACCCCGUGAUCCGAGUGAUUGGUCCGGUCACAAAGAUGGCCGAGGUUAUAAGGAUAUUUUACGCGAGAACGCGAAGUUCGUGGACUUUUAUCGGGCUCAAAAACUGACCGACUCGGAGGAGGAGCUCCAAGAGAUGGUGCGAGCCUUUCAGCGCGAUCUACCCGCGUCAUUCCGCAUUACCGGAUUCCGAUCUCAGGCCGUGGCGGUUCGGAACAUUAUUGAGAGUCAAUUCUUUCGCGAGUUGGCCAUCUUGAAAGAGCAACAAGCCGCUGAGUCUGGAGAUUGCCCCGUGGUAGAGCCCAAAUGCUUGACCUGGUAUCCGGAUCGGAUGGCUUGGCAACUCAAUCUCAGUCGCAAAGACAUUCGUCGGGAAGAGGCCUACUUCAAACUACACAACUUCUUGAUCUCGGAAACGGAUUCUGGCAAUAUCAGUCGACAGGAAACGGUGUCCAUGAUUCCCACUUUGGUUCUGGAUGUUCAAUCUCAUCACAAAGUUUUGGAUAUGUGCGCCGCACCUGGUUCUAAAACGGCCCAGCUAAUCGAGGCUAUUCAUUCGGACGAGACCCAAAUCCCCGAAGGUCUAGUGGUGGCCAAUGAUUCGGAUAAUAGCCGUUGUUAUUUGCUAGUUCAUCAAGCCAAGCGUCUGCAGAGCUCCAACUUUAUCGUCACGAAUCAUGACGCCACGAUCUUUCCGAAAAUCCAUUUGACCCAAGCCGAUGGCAGUUCGUCCGUCAUGAAGUUUGAUCGCGUCCUUUGUGAUGCCCCGUGCUCCGGAGACGGAACCAUGCGCAAGAACGCCGACAUUUGGCCCAAAUGGAAUGGAGCGAAUAGCUGCAACCUGCACGGGAUCCAAUAUCGCGUGGCCAAACGCGGCUUAGAACUCUUGGCAGUGGGUGGGAAGAUGGUGUACUCGACUUGUUCGCUUAAUCCUGUCGAGGACGAAGCCGUGAUCGCUAGGAUUCUGUCGGAAUGCGAAGAUACGGUAGAGCUCGUAGACGUGUCGGCCGAGGUGCCCGGAUUAAAGUUCAAGCCUGGACUUUCACAAUGGGUAUUGGCCGACAAGGAAAACAAGUUCUACGCCAAAUUUGAUGAAGUACCGGAAGUGCAUCACUCUUUGAUGCGACCCAGUAUGUUUCCACCUCCCGUGGGUGAAGUCGAGAAACUUCACUUGGAACGAUGCAUGAGGAUCCUGCCCCAUCAGCAAGACACGGGUGGAUUUUUCGUAGCUUGUCUGCAAAAGAAAGCCCCGUGUCCCUGGGAGAAUAAGAAGACAUACGAGACCUCGGAGAAAAACGUAGAAAAUGGCAAGAGACCCAACGCAGACGAUGAGACCCGAACAAAUCCAAAGAAGAAGCAAUCUCGUUAUCAAGGAUUCAAGGAGGAUCCUUUUAUCUACCUGAAAAAGGAAGAUGCAGAGACAGAGUUUGAGGAAGUCAAAAACUUUUUUGAAGUGUCGGAUGUAUUGAGAAAGGAGAUGUUUCUCACAAGAUGUGCCACGAGCCGCAAGAACCUCUAUUUUACAUCCAUGCUGGUCCGGAACAUCUUGGAGUCCAACCAAGAUCGAUUGAAGGUCAUCAACACCGGGGUGAAAGCUUUUGCUAAAUGCGAAAACAAAGGAUCACCCUGCGCACUCAGAUUGGCCCAAGAGGGCUCUUUGAUGACAAUCCCAUUUAUCAAGAAACGCAUUGUGACGCCCACCAAAGCCGAUUUGGAAACCAUGCUUUUAGCCAAUGAUAUCGACCUGCCUCCGAAAAUUGCCGAUUUGAGCGAAGUGGCGCGGAAUCAAUUGAAUGCCCUGAUCACGGGCAGUAUUGCACUCAUUUACGAGGAGAAAGAAGACGGCAAAACGUCGCUACUGGUUGAACUCGUGGGUUGGAAAGGCAAGGAGACCUUGAGAGCGUAUGUGCCUAAGAAUGAACGAAUUCAUUUCCUUCGUCUUAUUGGGGGGGAUACGAGCAAAUUUGAGAAAAACAAAUUCGACAUCAAACGCGGAAUCCAACAGAACCAACAGAAGUCGGACCCGGAGGUCAAAAUUCAGGAGCCACCACAAUCGUUAGUUGAUACUGAAUCCAUUAUCCAAAAAGCCACAUGAGAGACAUAAAAAAUCUGUAAUAUAGUGCGCAGCCGCUCUAAA